UUCUUGGGGAGGUCUCCAUCUUUCGUCCAAGCCGCAUUUGCAACCUUCAACACGCCCAGGCUCACACCACGCCUCGCCCCAACAACUUCUGGGGUUCCUCGUCGCGCCAGACUUGUAGUCCGCCGCCAUUCGAAUUUCCUGUUCGCUCCUUAAAAUCUCGAAGUCACGUCAAGCUCCAAUCCUCCAAUCCUCCAAUUCUCGCGGCAGCACGGAUUCGAUCAAGCGAUUCCGAUGACUUUAUGACGGAUCUUCCCAAGCCCUCCCGAACUCGGCUCGCCAAGCCGCUCCAAUGGAGAAAAAGAGGAAGCUGCCAGCGCGCGCUGCUGCGAGGGUCGAGCAGGCUUCCAAGAAGAGGACCAUGACUCCUCCGCAGAGGUCGCUUACGCCUGCGUCUGUGCCCGAGCCCGAGCCCGAGCCCGAGCCGUCUCCCGCCGCCGACCCUCCGCCGUUGCCAAAGUCGAUAACUGCCGGCAAACCUCUGCCCGCAGUUGAGACUCCCCAGCCCGACGACCUCUCGGCCAAGGAGUGGCAGUCUAUUUCGGAAAGUGGCGUCCUAGCCGAGUCCCUCUCACGCUCGCGCCAAAAAUGGAUCACCGAGGGUAUUUUCGAAAAAUUUUGGACGAAACCAACCAAACGAAAGGGCGUUGUAAUCGAAGAUUCGAACAAUCCACCAAAGGAUAGCAUGGUCAAGCUAGGCCAAGUCACAAUCACGGUCGAACCUCACGUUUUCGAAGCUACUAUGUAUGGCGUUAAGGACCCGAAACCUCCGCCCGUCCCUCCUACGGACUCGCGUCCCGUUGUCCUCUAUGGACCUCCGAAUGGUAUCAUGCCCCCUCCCCCUCCCCCGAAACCGGCCCCUUCCAAGAAGGUCUCAACCCCGACAUUGGCCAAGUCGCAACACCAGCCCCAGCCCCAGCCCCCGCCCCCAACCCAAUCCCCGGCGCCGAAUCCGAACCAGCCAACAGCGGAAGCUCAGUCGGCGCCACAAAACGUAUCUCAGCAAGCCAACCCUUCAACCGCUCGAGAUUCCCCGUCUUCAGAACCCAUGGUGGUGCCAGCCGCGGGGAGACCGCUCGUAGCCUCGUCUCCCCGUGGAAUGGAGUCGGUUCUCUCGCCUCCUGUUGUCGCCCCCCAUGCACCCACCCAGAGACCCCCUCCGCUCACAACACCGCCUACAGCCCCUCAGCCUCCUCGGCCCUCUCCCUCUCCCUCUCCCCAUUUAAUGGCUGGGUCACACUCAAUGGUACCCCCUGGUCCUCCCGCGGGUCCCGGGAGACCUUCUGGUCCACCAUCAGCAUCUGCGUUGGGAAGACCCCCGGCUGCCAAUGGCACGCCUACUGCACCCAUCACUGGAGCACCAGGGAAGCCGGCUCCGGGGACAGACCCCAUCAUUCUUACUCUGGCAGAAAAGGCAGGAGAGGACCCUCAGCUACGCGACCUGAUGAAACGUGUGGCACAGGGCGAUGCCGCGAAAGAUGAACUGGCAAAGUUUCAAGCCAUCAUAGAUGCGAUCACGGUUGAGAGCAAGCGGAAGGGCAUGAUGGGCCCGUCCGCAGAUAGGUUGCUGGUCGAUGGGCGAACGGUCCGGUAUUUUGCCCACGAGGUGCGGGCAAUUCUGGAUAUUGUCUUGUCGUCCAAGCCAAAUCAGACGGCUGCCGAUCUGCGACCGCCAGCAAGAAGCGAUCCAUUAGUGGUGACGUUGGUCAAGAGGGCUCUCGACGACAACAUGGUCAAGGAUAUGGUCCGACGCAUCGCCGACAACAAACCCCAGUUCGCAGAUGCGUCGGAUCUCAAGGCAAUCCUAGAUGAUCUACGUCAGAAGCUCCUUAAAGAGAAGGAAAAGCAACGCACGCAAUCGCCUGUUCCUGCAACUGCCGCGACAACCCCAAAGUCUAGCAGUGCCCCCGAUAAGCAACCUGCCGCAACACCCGCCGUUGCGACUCCCACCCCCCAGCAGCCCCCCCCUGCGCAACAGGCUCUCCGCUCCAAGGGCCCGCCGCCACCGCCAAAACUCGAUGUUUCGGCCGUCGUCUUCGAGUUUGCAGGCGGUACCGGGGAUCGAUACCUGUUUCCCAAGUUCAGCAUCAUAGAAUAUACUACAGUGACCACCGGACAGCAGGCGGUAGCCUCCUUCAUGAUUGUGCGCAAAGGAAGCAAGUCGGAGUACCCCAUGGCCGAUCCCGAUUUGGAUUACUACCAGCCUCUGACAAUUCGGCUCUUUUCUCCCACCGGCCGGCACCUGGAGAAUCUGACCAAAGUAGUGGCUCCGAGGGAAGAGGUGAGAAGGUACAUGGAGGACAUCAUGGACAAGAUGACGCGUGCCGAGUACAUCCUACUUGCAAUGCGACUGCCUAGGGGCGAGGGCAAGGAUGAGCCCGGAGCCGACGAGAAAGAAAAGGAGAAGGAGUCAGAACCGGACAGCACGGGAUCGAAGACAGGCGAGAUUGAAGCUGCAAAGAAGACCCCACAGCCAGGGGUGCUCUGGGCGAAGCCGCCCAAGCCGGAGAUCAGAGAACUGCCGCCACGGUCGAGAGUGUACAAGAUGGACGUGGAUGACCAGUACCAGAGCUUCAUAUCCGGCGUCAGCCGCAAGGAGCCAAAGGAGACAUGAUGACGCGGCAGGGUUCCGUCCCGAAGUGGAUCAGAUCGGACAAUGUUCGACCGAGGUUGCGGGGCCGUUGUCCCAGUACUCCCCUAUCACUAUUUUUUGUUCUGUCUUGCUGUGUAAAGCUAAGGCGCGGGGAGGGGUGGAAAGGCAGUGUGCUGCCGAUCGCCGUAGUGCGAGUAAGCGUCUUCUUUUUAGGAGGGUUUUUGGACGGAAGGGCGGUGUGGAAACUCAUGGCAGCGGUUCAUGCUAAAAAGGCGUUAUUAGGAUGGGUGCCCGGACGAGAAACUCGAUAAAAACCACAAGUUUGGGGGAGGUGUCUGCUUUUUUUUCCUCCCCCGGCACCCAAUGUUGUACUAUGUAAGGUUCGAUGGCACGCGGCAGUAU